AUGGAAAACCCCGAGAAAGACAUCGAGCAAGAGACAAUUGAAUGUCUCAAAGCUGAGCUCUCAACACCGGAGAUCGACCGCGCCCUAGAAAAGCAACUCUUAUGGAAGCUCGACAUCCACGUCGUCCCAAUCCUAGGGCUUCUCUUCCUUCUGGCCUUCCUGGAUCGAAUCAAUAUUGGAAAUGCGCGGCUUCAAGGACUGGAGGAUGACCUGAAUAUGAAGGGACAUGACUACAAUAUUGCGUUAUUUAUUUUCUUCAUACCAUACAUCCUCUUGGAGGUGCCAUGUAACCUCAUUUUGAGAAAGUUUGCGCCGUCAUGGUGGCUCAGUGGUAUCAUGUUCUGUUGGGGUAUCGUCACAACAUGUAUGGGUCUGACAAAAAGUUUUGGCGGAUUGAUAGCAUGCCGCUUUUUACUGGGUGUUUUUGAAGCCGGUUUCAUGCCAGGGUGUAUUUAUCUAAUUGCGAUGUACUACAAGCGCUAUGAGCUACAGUGGCGACUGAACGUCUUCUUCAGUGCCAGUAUUUUGGCCGGCGCCGUCAGCGGGUUACUCGCAUAUGGAAUUGCCCAGAUGGACGGAAUUCAAGGAUACAGUGGAUGGCGCUGGAUCUUUAUACUUGAAGGUCUCGCUACUGUUGUGAUGGCAGUCAUCUCGAAGUUCUUGAUUGUGGAUUGGCCGGAGAAAUCUACCUUUCUUAAUGACCAAGAGCGAGCUUUACUUCUCCGUCGCCUUUCGGAUGACCGUGGUGAAGCCAGGAUGGACCGACUGGAUGGACCAGCUCGGAAGCGAGUGUUCAGCGACAUCAAGCUUUAUCUUGGCCCUCUCAUGUACUUUGGCAUCGUUAAUACCGGCUACGCAUCGUCCUUUUUCACACCCACAAUCCUGCAUCAGCUGGGAUGGACCUCAAUACGAGCACAAGUGAUGAGCAUCCCAAUCUAUAUCGUUGCAACUGUUAUUUCACUCGUGACGGCAUACGCCAGCGACAGACUACGCCAUCGCUUCGCCUUUACGCUUAUAGGGUGUGUAAUUGCCACGAUCGGUUAUAUCAUUUUGAUCUGUCAAGGUUCGGUGCCUGUUGGUGCGCGAUAUUUUGCUCUGUAUGCGAUCACCGGUGGCGGGUACAUGACGCAGCCUAUUCUCAUGGGUUGGCUGAGCAAUAAUAUGGCCGGACACUAUAAGCAAUCAAUUGCGUCUGCCAUGCAGAUCGGGUUUGGAAAUUGCGGGGGACUCGUGGCGAGCAAUAUUUUCUUUGAUUCGGAGGCGCCUUCAUACCCCACGGGCUUUGGAGUCAGUCUGGGCAUGGUGUGGAUCUGUGGAGUGUCUUGUCUGGUCUUUUUCGCUUGGCUUUAUCGGGAGAAUCGACAACGAGACGAGGGUAAAAGGGAUCAUCGGUAUGAGUUACCCCGAGAGGAACUGGAAAAUCUCGGGGAUGAGCAUCCUAGUUUCAGAUUUACUUAUUAG